AUGGCUGUAAAAUUCGCAAUUACCGUAGUUUUAUUGAUGAUUUUAGUACUAAUUAGCAAAGUUCAAUCGGAACAUGCUUGUUACUCCUGUACUCAUGAUGGAAAAUAUCUUUGCUUAAACGAUACUUAUACUUUGCACAUGGAGGUUUGUCCAGGCAUUCCCGAUGAAUUCAAAAAUUAUUCCGGCAUCAAGGAAGUUUGUUAUAAAACUUUUGCAAAACAACGCCGAAGACCAAGAUACUUAAUAACAAAAGGAUGUGCAGUUCAAGCUGAUAAAUUUGAUCCAUGCACGGAAUUAAGAAAAGUUUCUGUGGUCGGCGUAAAAGCUUUAUGCACUGUGUGUGAUAAGCCAAUGUGUAAUGGGACAAAAGGAAUGCAGACACUCUAUUCAGACAAGAAUGCUUGCAAGAAUGGAAUCAACUUGUUAUCAGGGGAAUGUUCAGUCAUGACUCGUGACGAGAAGUUGAAUUUCCUACCAACAUGCGUUUAUGCAACUAAUGGAUCAAAAUCUCAUCACUUCCGUGGAUGCACAAAGAAAGGAAAUAACUUUAAUUUUUGCUCGGUCUUCAUAAAUAGCACUAAAGAUUCGUCCAUAACCUGUGAUUUUUGUGAUACAGAUUAUUGUAAUGGACAGAAGAAGACAAAUUCGUCUAGAAAAUCUAUGCCUGGUAGAGCUGUAAAUUCACAAAAGCUUGCACAAAAUAUUAUGGCAAUGAUUAUGCUAGGGAAGUUAUUUUUAUAA